GUGGCCCGGGCCGCGCGUGUUGGGUCCCCGGGGCCGCCCUGGAGUUCCCGGACUCGGCUUCCCGCCGGCCUCGGUGUUCGGCUCUGGCACCAGAGUGGCCGGGAGGGGAGGCCCUGCUGGGUCACAGCGAGCCCAUUCACCUCGCCCUGCAUCUCCCCUCGCGCGCAAAAACCUCCAGUUCGGCGUGUUUCGUCCCAGCUCAGGUCACGGUGGGGCGAGGUGUCUCCGGGCGCCCUGGAGGCCUCUGGGCCUCCCGCUGACCUCCCUGAUUCCGAGAUCCGAACCGAGCCUGCUGUGUAUCGAGCUCAGGGAAAUUGUGUGGCGAUCACGAGAGUGUAGUGGAGAGGCCGCCUGGGUAGUGGGUGAGAGCGCUCGCGUCCAGACAAGUCGGGCUUGGCAUCCUGAUUAAUGCCCUUUACUACUAUCUGAUACCCGCGCAACUGACUUAACCUCUCCGAGCCUCAUUGUGAUUAUCUGUAAAAUGGGGAUGAUUAAUAGUACUGCUUCCUAGGGCUGCUGAAAGGACUAAAUGAAACCAUGCUUAUCAAACCUUUUAUCUGUGCUAUUAGUAGUUUGGACGGGUACGGGCUUUGUAGCCGCCGGACUGUCCCGGUCCUUGGGGUUUGCAGUUUGUAAUACAGGUCUGUGCCCUCAAGCUGCUGAUUAAUAAGAAAAUUGCGUGUGCACAUAAUCAGGAUGUCGAAAACUGGAACUGCACUGCUAGAUUUGAAAAAAGUCAGUAUUUGGUGCGUGGGGUUCGCUGAGACUUCCCAGGCAGCUUCCUCCGAGGAGCAGGUUCGGACUUGAAGGUUGUUGGAGCAGUUAGGGCUUGGCUUGUGCUAUUGAUGCCGAAGUUGCUUUGGUCUUUCUUUAGAGGAUAUAAAACCUGAGGUAAAACCCAGACGUUUAAAACAGUCGCUGAUGUUUUGCCCGCAUUUACAGAUUAUCCUGUUAUUACCCCAGUUUUACAGAUCCCAGCAAACUGAGGCACAGAAUUGAUACAUUGAAGCUUAGAACAAGAUAUUUGUCUAAUUUCUGUGACAAAAUUAAAGACCUGCCAUGACAAUGAAGAAAGAGACUGGAUUUGUCAUUUUCACCUAAAGAAAAAUGAUAGACAAUAAUCAAACCUGCGGUGUGGGACAGGAUACUAUACCCUAUAUGACUUGUCUGAUUCACAUACUCGAAGAAUGGUUUGGUGUGGAGCAAUUAGAGGACUAUUUAAAUUUUGCAAACUAUCUCUUGUGGGUUUUUACACCACUAAUACUCUUAAUACUUCCUUACUUUACUAUCUUUCUUCUCUACCUUACUAUUAUUUUCUUACACAUUUAUAAGAGGAAGAAUGUAUUAAAAGAAGCAUAUUCUCAUAAUUUAUGGGAUGGUGCAAGGAAGACGGUGGCAACUCUGUGGGAUGGACAUGCAGCAGUUUGGCAUGGUUAUGAAGUUCAUGGGAUGGAAAAAAUACCAGAGGACGGACCAGCACUUAUAAUUUUUUAUCAUGGAGCUAUUCCCAUAGAUUUUUACUACUUCAUGGCUAAAAUUUUUAUCCAGAAAGGCAGAACUUGCCGAGUAGUAGCUGAUCACUUUGUCUUUAAAAUUCCAGGGUUUAGUUUAUUACUUGAUGUAUUUUGUGCUCUACAUGGACCAAGAGAAAAAUGUGUUGAAAUUCUGAGGAGUGGUCACUUGUUAGCUAUUUCACCAGGUGGAGUUCGAGAAGCCCUAAUUAGUGAUGAAACCUACAACAUCAUAUGGGGUAAUCGUAAAGGCUUCGCUCAAGUUGCAAUUGAUGCAAAAGUGCCCAUUAUUCCUAUGUUUACACAAAAUAUUCGAGAAGGAUUUAGAUCACUUGGAGGAACAAGGUUUUUUAGGUGGCUUUAUGAAAAAUUCCGCUAUCCAUUUGCUCCAAUGUAUGGAGGUUUUCCAGUGAAGUUACGCACCUAUUUAGGGGAUCCCAUUCCGUAUGAUCCAAAGAUAACAGCAGAAGAAUUAGCUGAAAAGACAAAGAAUGCUGUUCAAGCUUUGAUUGAUGAGCACCAAAGAAUACCGGGAAACAUCAUGAGUGCUUUGUUAGAACGUUUCCAUAAAAAACAAAAGAUCAACUAGAAGAUGAUUUGAUACAUUUAUAUUAAUAUGUGUGUCUCUAGUACUGUCUUCUAAAUUUUGUAGGUACUACAAUAAGUAUUUUUUAACAAAUCAUGUUAAUAAGCAUCUUUUGCUGAACUUGUUUAAAAUUGUAUUGUCAGUUUUGUGUUUGCAAUCAAAUGUGUCAAAUUUAAACAAUAACUCAUUAAUGCCUAUUAAUUCAGAAAAUGAUCAUGUUUCUUUUUAUAAAUUCCUAAUGUAUGAUAAACAUUUAGAUUCUUAAAGUUAAGUUUAUUAAUAAGAGCAAUUUAUGUUAAACAAACAUUCCGAAAUAUGCGUCUAAUUUCUGUAUCUGUUGCACUGAGGUAAUUUUGCGAGAUGGCAUAACCUAGGGUUUAGGACAGACGCUUAAGUUAGAAAAGAAAAUGCGCUUUCCUCUUCCUUUCAUGAUCUUGGGCAAAUCGUGUAAUGCUUUCGUGCCUCAACAAUUCACUUUUUAAAAACAUGUUAUACUAUGGUGAGCAAUAUUAUUUUAAAUUCUUUAUAUUUGCUGUGGUUGAUAACCAUAGAACCGAAAUUAUAAGUGAAUUAAUUAAACAAUACCAAGAUCUUUUAGAGUUUAUGUAUAUAUUUUGUUUAUAAGAUGUUUAAAUUAUUCCUUCAGAUAUGAUGUCGAGUUGCCAAGCACAAUGAAAAACAUGUAUUGCUUUUCAUAAUGAAUAAAAAUGUAGAAAAAAUAAAAUUUCUAAUUAUUAUUAUUUUUUUAGUAUUGUGUUUUUAAUGAGAAUCUGUGAACAAACAGUAUAGGGUGUGCUGUACAUUGUCAGCCCUUACUAUGGCAUUUAAUAGUGUCAGGUUAAAAUCACUGUUGUGCUGUGUUUCAUAUCUUAGAAGUGGAUUCUAGGCUGAUGACAGCGGAGCUAAAGAAAGCUCUGCUUUUGCUCCAUAUCGUGGCUUGUUCAGUUUGACUUUGCAACUAGUCAGAUGGUUUAUUGUUUCAUUAAAAAUAUACUUGAAUGAUGAAUUUAUGUGAACACAAAGCUUUCUGAAAAAUUAAUGGCUUUCAAUUUGUUGUCUCCUUGAAAUCUGAAUUUUAAAAGUAUUUAAAUGGAAUAGUACCAGAAAUCAAAUGCAGUAUCUCUUCUUCCUUUAUAGAUAUUAAAUUACUUGGAUUUUUGUAUAACAAGUGUAUAUGUAUGAUAUGUGUAAUGUGUAUAAAAUUAAACAACAUAAAAAUAAAAGUCAA